CACCGCCCCCCAACGGUCCCGGUGCCGGUGGCCAUGCUGUGCCACGGGGAGGGCCUGCUGAGCUCGCUGGCGGCGCUGCUGGCGCUGGCGCUGGCGCUGGCGCUGAGCCGGAGCCCGGCGCUGGCCUGCCUGCUGCCGGCCGGGUUUUACCUGGCGCUGCACCUCCUGUCCCUGGAGCCCGCGGCGCCUCAGAGCGCUGAGCGCGUCCUGCGGCCCCGGGGCACCGCCGCCCGAAUCGCGCACCGGGGCGGCGCGCACGACGCGCCCGAGAACACGCUGGGGGCCAUCCGCCAGGCAGCUGAGAAUGGAGCAACGGGUGUGGAGCUGGAUCUUGAAUUUAGUGCAGAUGGUGUCCCCAUUCUCAUGCACGAUGACUCAGUGGAAAGGACAACGGAUGGGGCUGGGAGACUGCGGGACUUGACUUUUGAGGAAAUCAGGAAGCUUAAUCCAUCUGCAAAACACCGGCUACGGAGCCAAUUCCAAGAUCAAAAGAUACCAACUCUGAGAGAAGCUGUUGUGGAGUCCAUGCAUCACAAUCUUACAAUCUACUUCGAUGUCAAAGGCCAUGCAAAUCAGGCCGUUGAUGCCCUGAAACAACUCUACCAGGAAUUUCCACGUUUGUAUAACAGCAGCAUUGUCUGUUCUUUCAUGCCAGAYGUUGUUUAUAAGAUGAGACAGGCUGACAGGAAUGUGGUGACAGCACUGACACACAGGCCCUGGCAGCUGAGUCACUUUGGAGAUGGGACACCUCGUUUCAAUUCCUGCUGGAAGCAUUACUUGUAUAUGGGGCUGGAUGUCAUCCUGGAUUGGAGCCUACACAAUUUCCUGUGGCGAUUGUGUGGGGUUUCAGCUUUCCUCAUACAGAAAAACUUUGUUUCUCAGGACUAUGUGAGACACUGGUCUUCCAAAGGAAUCCACGUGGUUGCCUGGACAGUGAACACGUUCGCAGAGAAAAACUACUACGAAAGUGUCCUUGAGUGCAGCUACAUCACUGACAGCCUGGUGGAGGACUGUGCCCCUCACUACUGACCCAGUGUGAGCACCCUGCCUUCCUGGGGCAGGUCUGCAUCCCCCAGGGCAUCCAGCAGUGCUGAUGGACKGCUGGGCAGAGCUCUGGCAAGAGGCAGAGCAGCAGCUUCUGCCUGUGCUCCCRUCUCAAAUGCAGGAAACCCCUCUGCUGCACUGGCCAAAGCUGUGCUGCAGCCACACAGAGUCUGAGGAAGUCACUGGAACGUGARAGAAUCAGAUUUGGCAAGCAAAUUGGGCCAUACCUUGUCUGUGCAGGUAGUUUUAURAUUCUCUGACUAUUCCUUUGCUUUGUUUAAAUUUUGGUUACAAAUUUGUAUCAGCAACUUUUGAUGUCAAAAUUUUAAAUUGUAACUUGACGUUAGUAAUUUUAACAGCAUGUUCUACAAGUGURUACUAAUUUGAGGUUGAUUUAUAGCACCUUAAAAUGAUCUACAUUACUGUUCUUAAAAUAGAAACUGGAAAUAAUGGUGCCAAAAUAGAAGAUGAGUAUAUUUCCCUGCCUUCAUGGAAAGAUGGCUGUGCUGAAUCCUGACAAGGAAGAAAAGGCCAGCUUUCCAUGCUGGAUAUGAAGGUUAUGAGAAUUAACAAAUAAAACUUGAGUAGCUUCUUAUCUUGAGACCUUUUAAAAGAACCAAAGGAGAAUAGGGAAUUGUUUCUUCUAAUGAAGAAAUUACACAGCACAUGAAUGUAUUUGUUUUUAAAAGAAAGCUGUGUCUUGAGUGCURGUAAGCAGUAGAACAAAUGGAGUUGGAAUGUCUUUUUAGUUUGCCUUUGUUUGCAUGAUUGAAGGGCACUCACAGGGGUAUGGAGACUGUAAUCCAGAUUUAACUUAAACUCCAAAGAGUCUGCAGUUACAAUAAACAAGUCUCUGAGAA